AUUUUUUUCCAUUUCCUCCCCUUUGACUGACCAUUAGAAACUUUUUGAACCCUUUUCCCCAUGCGUGCAUCUUGAUACCCUUCGUUUUACUACCACUUCACGCAUAUUCCGUGAAGUCUUCAAUUCUAAUCGUUUGAUAUUUUCGUUCACUUUUUUUAUUUUUCAUUUUUCCUUUUUCUUUCCCGUCCUCGUCCCCAUCAAGGUGUAUGGUGCGCCUCCCCCUAUUAAUUCAUGUCCUGGAAAGUUUAAGUUUUCCCGGUAGAGAAUAUCUCAAUCAUACCCGGCCUGAACGGAGUCGAGCAAUAACAAAUUCGAAAUUAUUACUACUUGAUACCCAACCCCCACUCCGCUGUGCGCAACUUGGUCCGAGUCGUCUUCCUCUUCAAACAUCUUAUGCGUUAGCCCGUGCUAAAAUUCCCACUAUCACAACACCCACUCGGCUAUCUCUAUUCCCAAGCUUUUCAAUCUCUAGACGUGAAUUUACGUGGUCUUCCUCGUCCCGUAUCCAUCUACAUAACAACCUCGUCACAACCAAUCACCAUGCCGAGCCUCUUCUCAAGAAUAAGGGGCAAGGAUGGAGGGAAACUCAAGUCCAAAAAGAAUGCCCAUCUUAAUGACUUGACCCAUCAAUUAUCCAACAAGCCGCGCUGGGAAGACGCAUACACGCGAACGUCCAUCGAACCAGAGGAAGUCCAAGAGCUGAUCAAGAUUUGCACCGAGGAGCUGAAAGCAAGAGCUCUCGAUCUACCGUUUCUUCUUCUCCCGUUCCGUCCGACUUCUGAUCCUAGCGCUGUACGCACGUUUAUCCGCCACUUCUUCGAUGGCAACCAGAACUUGCGCGGCGAGGCCCUCCUGCAGGAGCUGCGGAUGACCGAGCCUAUGGUCAUAUCCGGUGUCCUAAAAUGGUGCUGGAGCAGACUGCAAGGUGGUAUCGUGGGAUGGGAUGCCUACGAAUUGUUCAAGGUUGGAGAGCAAGACUCGAGUAUGGCGCGCGACUCCUUCUCGACAUUUAUCCCAUUAAGCGUCGAGAAUCAGGCGAGAUCCCAGAUCAUCUUCAACUACUUCGAUUUGCUUUCCGCUAUCGCAGCUCAUGGCAAAUCCAAUGGCUUUGGUGGCCGUAAGCUAUCUCGUAUGGCGGCAUGGUGGGCCUUCGAACACAAGGAUUCUGGUAACGGUUUCGAAGGCGGGUAUAAGUCUUGGUUGAGCGCUGCUGAUGCUACGAGCCACAUGUUCUUUGCCUACCUGAGAUCUUUAUCCCCCCAGCAAGCUCGUGCGGGCAUAUCCAUGCUCCCGAUGUCCCUGCAGAAACUCCUGCAAGAAACCGAGUAUCCCCCGCAAACCCCAUCGCUAUUGAUGUCAUCUACCUACAAGGUUGUCAUGAUUGUUGACACCGUAUCGCCGACACCAUUUGCACUCCUACGCCGUGCCAACCACUUCCAAUAUCGCGACGAGGAUCAAGCGCUUCGUGAAUUUUCCGAAUUCGAAGAUCCCGUGAAAGCUCUAACGGAGGAGUGUCGCAGAGUUCUCAAAGCGAUUUCUCUCGCGAACCAAUCUCAAGUUUCUAGCUCAAAGCACUCAACUAGUUUGCGAGAUGCUUCGUGGUCGCGAUUCGAGGAUAUUGGCUUCGGGGAUACCUUAGAAGAGGAGGAGGAAGACGAAGAGACGGUCAAGAUUAACCAAAUUCGAAAUCCCCGCGGACUACGAACUACCCCGGCAUCGGGUGGAAAUCUUGGAAGACCAACCACACCCUCUUGGGCGGAUUUCCUAUCUUCCGGUUUUGUCGAUGAUGCGCCGAAUACCCCGUCGAAUCUCUUGCUACCACCGGAUAAGAUCUUGCCACCUAUCGAGACGGUUGUCCGACAACGUAGUUCGCAAUCGCACCGCCCACGAUUGGAGACCACGCAUCAGCUGGAACCCGGUGAACUGGCUAGCAUUAGUCGAUUUGACCUCGACGACGCAUUUUGGUGGGUAUGGAUGAGCAGUUUAGCUCCCGAGGAAACUGCCGAGAGGAAAUCUGCGUUUGGAAGAUGCUCCGUAAUCGAGACGUUGAUUCGCCAAGGCCGGUGGCUUGUGAUGGAAGAGAUGGUAAAAGGCGCCGCUCCGGAGCCUGAUGCGAACGCCUAUAUUGCAGAGAAGAAAGGCUUUUUCAGUUGGACCAGACGUGGACGAGGUGUUUCUCGAAGCAAGUCAACCUCAAAACCGAUUGCUGAUAAGAGCGCGAACUCCGGUACAGUUACUGGUGCUGGUUUAAGCAAGACUAGCAUCGGGCCUGACCAACACGCGAAGAUCCAGGCAGCCGCGCAAAAGCUUCAAGCCAAGCAACUCCAGGAGCAACAGUCAAUGCCGAAGGCGGAAAGGCGCGGGCGUACGGAUGCCGAUGUUCUCAAGGAAAAGACCAACAGUAUCCUAACCCUGCAGCCGGGCGUCGUGAACGUGGCUUCUCCGGCCAUGAAAUGGGCGAACAAAUACGACAAGGAGGCUAUUCGCGAGGCCUAUCUCGGCAACGCCUUUGCCGGCCGUGGUAUAUCUCAAACCUCCCUUCAGUUACCCAACCAUCCACCAGCGAAUGGGCUCGCGACAAAUGGCAGUAAUCUUAAGCCGGAAGCUUCAGAGCGAGCUCCCUCUCCGGCCGUAGCGCCACCGCAACCCGAACCCGAACAGGAGCCCCCAGUCGCGGAAAAGAAGCUUGAGGCCCCGCAGGCAAUCCACCCCGCUGAGCGAUCAGGAGCCACAGGUAAAGAUUCGCCUUUGCCCCCUCCUCCUCGUGAAGAAGAGAGCCUGGAAGCUGCCCGGGAAAAUAUGCUUUCCCCUGUACCAAGUAGCCCUGAGAAUAAGAAGCACAAGAAGCUUCACAAGGACGAAAAGAAGAGCGGUGGAUUUAGAAAGUUGUUCGGCCGAAAUAAGAAUCGACAAUCCAAGUUGCCGGAGAAUGCGGCCACUGACAUCAACAGCUUCCUUGCUUCGGAACCGUCACAGCCAGCGCGAAGUGCUUCCCCAGCACAGCAACCUCAACCGGCGCCCGUUGAGCCGGCUCUUGAGGCGCCUGAGGAACGAGCCGAAGAGAAGACGCCCACACAAACACCGGUCACACCUGUACACCAAACGCCAGCUUAUGACCCGUCUAUCGACGACAACCUGUCUCGCGUUGAUACUGCGGAGGCUGCAGAGGCUCAUCAGGAGUUCUCUCGCUUCGACCAAGGUCCUCUCGUGGACCAACCCGCCUUCGUCCCUGACGAAGAUCAGAGUGUUGACUCUGCCGCACCGCCCCCGAUUGCUAGACACCCCAGCAACCACCCACCUAUCGAGGAGGAUGAGGAUGAAGGUGCCCCGUCGCCGACCGUCCCGAUGCAAGAUCGAUGGGCUGCCAUUAGGAGGAAUGCGGCUGAUCGUGCCGCACGACAGAGCGAGGAGCAGAGUCGGGGUGCGUAUAGCAAGACCACGGAUGGUGAUGAUGACACCAGUGGCGAAGAGACUAUCGAAUCUCGUGUAGCUCGAAUUAAGGCCCGUGUUGCCGAGUUAACCGGGAAUAUGGAUGGUGCCGCUGGACCCGGAACACCCCCUAGUCGCCGCUAGGGGCGGUAUUUUAGUUGAAGACUUGGGUACGAAACAGUACGGAUAUCAACAUUAAACAUUCGCCUACAUCAAUCCGCCUAGAAGCCAUGGAUUCCAGAUGC